AUGUCCUCUACAGCAAAGUCCUCGACUAUGGCGAACAAUCUCGAGAAUUUCGAUCCUCGGACCGCCGGCGCAUACGAUCCUGGUCAGAUGAUCAUCCUCUUCGACAACCGGCAUAUCAAGCCUUCACCAGAAGAGAACAAGAUGUCAACUUAUCAAACCUAUCACCUUGAUGGCCUCAUACGGAUGGGCUGGAUAUCAUAUACCCAUCGCCCGGACCUGGAGCCUGGGAACUUGAGAUUAAUAUGGUAUACUCACGCCGGAGCCCAAGGCGUCCGCAACUACCCGCUCUGGAAAGCCAACCUCGUGCACGAAAUGUUCACCUCCCUAACCGACUCCGGUUUCCGGCCUCUGCUCCUGGGCUGGAGCGCAGAGAAUCCUUACCCCAUGAUAGGCGGCAGUGAGCCUCCCCCUGAGCCAAAGAAACCUAAGAUGCGUGUCGCCACUUCUGCUUCGGGAUAUGUCUCUGGUCAUGGUGGUGGAUCUGGGAAUCCGCAUGAGAGGGUCAUGGCUAUCAUUGAGCGGGAGGAGGAGAAGGAGGCGAAGGAACGGGAGGAGAUUGUGAGGAGAGGGGAGUUAGCGGAGAAAGCUGGGUAUGGGGAGAAGGCUGGUUUGCUUGGGAAUGCUGGACAGGCGGGUGGUGCAGAGGUCUAG